CCACAACAUGCAAGUCGGCACUGUCGUCUUUCUGUCGCUGGUGCUGGAUUUAUUCGCAUUCACCAUUCCUUUGCCGCUCUUUCCGCGUCUCAUCGAGUGGUACACAAAACGAGAAUCGUCCGACCCGGAUGGCUUCCUCUCGCGCACGCUCGCCUUUGUCUCCGCCGUCCGCGGCCUCUUCUACGCCUCCGCGCGCAACUCGCAGAAAUGGGACGUCGUCCUGCUCGGCGGCCUCAUGGGCUCCGUCUUCUCUACCCUGCAGUUCAUCGUCUCGCCGUACAUCGGCUCGCUCUCGGACACCCAUGGCAGGAAACGCAUCCUCCUCCUCACCAUGAUCGGAAAUAUCCUCUCUGCGCUCGUCUGGCUCCAGUCCACCUCCUUUGCCUCCUACAUGCUCUCCCGCGUCAUCGGCGGCCUCAGCGAGGGCAACGUCCAACUAGCCAUCGCCAUCCUCUCCGACGUCUCCACCCCCGCCACCCGCUCGCGCUCCCUCGCCUCCAUCGGCAUCGCCUUCGCCCUCUGCUUCUGCCUCGGGCCCCCCAUCGGCGCCUACUUUGCCUCCCAACCCCUGCCCUCCUCGCUCGCCGCCGGCGUCGAGCUCAACGUCUACGCCCUCCCCGCGCUCCUCUCCCUCGCCCUCCUCCUCGCCGAGACCGCCUUCCUCGCGCUCUGCCUCCCCGAGACCAAGGGCACCAGGAUCGCCGAGGACGAGCAGGCGAGCCACGACGGGAAAGGCGCGGAGAAGGCGGCGCACGCAAACCCGCCCCGCCCCGCCCCUGCCCCCGCACGCGCGCCGCGCCCUCCUCGCGCGCCUCCGCCGCACGCACUUUGCCUUCCUCGCCAUCUUCUCCGGCUCCUCGACUGGGACAACCGCCGCAACGGCACCCUCCUCGCCACCAUCGGCAUCCUCUCCGCGCUCCUCCAGGGCGGCUACGUCCGGCGCGCCCUCGCGCGCACGGGCGAAGCCACGAUGGCGCGCCGCGGCGUCCUCGCCUGCGCGCUCUCCUUCGCGCUCCUCGCCGCCCUCCCGCGCACGCGUUCGGUAAAGGUGCUCUACGCCGCCGCCGCGCUCCUCGCGUUCACCUCCGCGACGGUCGUGAACGCGCUCACCGCGCACGCGGCGCUGCUCACCGACGAGCCCGGCGGCGACGAGGACCUCGUCAAAGGCCGCGCGCUCGGGCGCUUCCGGUCGCGCGGGCAGCUCGGCCGCGCGCUGGGGCCUCUCCUCGCCUGCGCUGGCUACUGGACCUUUGGGCCCUCGGCGACGUACGCCGCCUGCGCGGGCGCGAUGUUCCUCCUCGGCGCGCGCAUGCGCUCGCUCGCCUCGUCCCAGAAGGCCAAACAAGCGUAAGUUAGGGCGGCUCCGGAGUAGAGCGAGCGAAAAACUACCCAUUGUCACGCCUGUACUUUGGAUACACUUCAUAGUUUAUGCGCCCGGAAUCACAUACUCCAAGCUUGAAGCCC